AUGGCUAUAAAAAGGCUUAGAAAUACUAGGAACUACAGUGAAAAUGUGAGAAAUUCCAUCUUAGAUAGAAGAGAAAAAAGUUUGUUCAAGAAAGCAGAAGAGCUUUCUAUUUUGUGUGAUGUGGAAGUUGCCAUAGUUAUUUUUAGGCCAGGAAAAAUCCAACCCAUCACUUGGAAAUCCGCAAGUCUGGCUCAGGAUGUCUUGACAAGGUAUUUAGGUUUCAUUGAGUUCAAAAGACUUAAUAAGUUGGUCACACAUGAAGACUAUCUUCAAAAGAAAAUUGAUAAGAAAGAAGAACAAAUUAGCAAAUUAGAGAAAAUGAAUGAGGCGAAGGAAAUGGAAAUCCUCUUCAACCAACUAGUGGAGGGAAAAAGUAUUAAUGAACUUGAUGCUAGAGAAAUGAAAGGCUUGUUAAAGGUGUUUGCUGCAAAAAUGGCUAAACUAGAUGAAAGAAAGAAAGAACUUAACCAGACUCCAAAUCCUCCAUCAAACAAAGAAAACAUUACUUUAUCAGGAAGUCCAAUGGAAGAAUCAUUCAAUGGCCCGUGGUUUAUUCAGACUAUAGCUACGUUAGGGGAUGGAAGUGAUAUAGAGUUUUCACCAAAAGAAGGCAAUGGCGUCAAUGUUGAAGAUGAUGGACAUUCCAAGGACCUCGAUUGAGAAUGUAAUAAUUAUAAUGUUCUAUCAUUGUUUCUUCGUGUUCCUUUUCAUAGUGUGUGUCAUAUUUGUUGCAUUUGUCUUUCCAUUUCAUGUUAUUGUACUUUUUAUUUCAAUCAUUUAUGAAUGAUAUUUUAUUUUGUUGGAAAAAUGAACUAACAUUGUUCGAUUAAUAAGUUAUUUUAGCAAAAUUUUUGACUAAGUUAAAUCUUUAUUUUUAGCUGUACAUAUUUUAUUCAUCUUAAAUUUAGAAACCUAUGUUAUUUGAUACAAAAGAUACUUCAUGUGUGGUAACAUUUAGGAAUCUCUACCGUAUAUAUUUUAUC